AUGCAGUCUACACAGGUUACGAAGAUGAAUAACAGUUCAGGUUUUGUCGAUCUCCUCAUUACAGACAAUAAAAACCUCUACACCUUCAUGGAGUUCAAGAAUAUCCAAAUCCCCUACCUGGAGCUUAGCGGAGAAGGCAGCAUUGAAAAAGCGAAAAGACUCGAGCCCAUGAAGCUUAACGACAUUCUUAAACUGAAAUUUAAGGGCGACAAAUACCGAACAGGGAGCAUCAACAACUGGAUUGAUGGAAAAGGCCGUGGUCCGGUAUCUAGAAGUGUCCGCAAUCAGCUUCAGUCUUGGUAG